AUGCCGCGCCUCAGCUCUGGUUUCGUACCGAAGAAAGCCCACAGAAAAUCGAGGGGUGGCUGCCUGAGGUGCAAGACGAAGAAGGUCAAGUGCGAUGAGAUACAGCCUACUUGCGGGUACUGCUCAACGAGGAAGUUGAGCUGCGAAUACCCUCAGAAUUCAUCUUCAGCUUCAAGGUCACCCUCAUCGACUUCAUCGCCCAACCAGGACUCUGAGGAAGUUAACUUCAACGACGCAUUGAUGCAAAUACCUACCUGGCUUGUACCACCAGCAUUUGCUUCAUCGGGCCAGUUGUCCCCCCUGGACCAUGAUUUACUUCACCAUUACAGAUCAUCAUCGUGGGAGAUUUUUGCCAUCCGCGAAGAUGCGGCUGUACAUACAAUCCACCGCGACUUCGUCCCACAAGCCUCACUUUCGCACCCGUAUCUCCUCCAUGCAAUCCUAAGUAUCGCAGCCUCGCACAGCAACAUGCUUCGCCCAUCAAAGCAGAUGGAGAGGCAGACAUUAGUGUACCGCCAGAAGACCUUUCAAGGAUACACUAAAGCACUACAAAAUAUCACGGCGGAGAACUAUGAGUCGAUCUUGGUGACUGGCAUGUUUCUCUCUGCCCUGAUUCCGCCACCUGGGCUCGAGGACAGUGACGAGGAGCAUUUGCAGUGGCUGUACAGCGUGUUGAAGACUAACGAAGGCCUGACCUUCCUCGCUUCUCUCCGCUGGGGACAGGGCAUCGAAAAACUCUCCGUAUACCCGCUCUUCUGCCGCGAGCUGCGUACACUACCGCCGCCACCACCACCAACCGUCCAUAGUAGCGUAGAGGAUCCAAACCUUUGCACGCUCGUCGGACGCAUAGGCACGACGCCAGACCAUCCAAACCCACCUCCAACAUACCAACGACGUUCUACACCUUCAACCCCUCUUUUCCUACCACCGCGCUUGAUGGUAGUACUCGAAAGCCUCGUCAGCCCCACUACCACAGGACCCAUAGAUAUGCACCGUAACGCCCUCGUCCCCGUUUUCCAAGCCCUCUCCCCAAUCUUCCUCAGCUUAUACUAUUACCAUCUAAAUCAAGACUUCCGCGUCCGCAUCUUCGUAUUGACAUCCUUCCUCAUGCCAGACUUUUUGGACCUAGUGAAGACAAGGGAGCCGAGAGCGCUGACGCUAACGGCGUGGUGGUUUGCGCUUGCGGGCUUGUUUCCGAGGGGGUGGUGGAUUGGAAGUCGUGUUACAAGAGUGGUAGAGGCUAUUGGGCGGGUGGUAAGGUCGAAGGGCGAUGCGCAGACGGUGGAGGCGAUUAAGGGGGCGGAGAAGAUUGUUGAGACGUUGGAGAGUGUGGGGCGGGAAGAGGCGGCGAGAAGUGUAUUUGAGGAUUGGGACGGUAUGGAUUGGGAUGAUGGGCCGAGGAGAGCUGGGGAGUGGGAGUUUGAGCAACUCCUGGACCUGAGCGUAUGA